AUGAGCGCUCUCGGUAUUACCGCUCAAAUACCGAAUUUCAUCAUGAGCAUCAUAAAUAUGUCCCAAAUCAUCGGAGGUUCGCUCAUGAUCCGAAUAGCCGGCCCACUCACUGCGAACUGCAUCAACGUUGCCAUUAUAUUGGCGCUGGUCAUUUUUCAAGGAUCCUUCAGAAGAUGGUCAGCAAUGCAUUGGUUCUAUAUUGUAUCAUUAGUGAUAGUGAUGGUGAUGAACGCUUGCAAUGGCUUGUAUCAGGUCAGACGUUUGUCCUUAUUGGGUUCGACAAUGCAUUGGUUCUAUAUUGUAUCAUUAGUGAUAGUGAUGGUGAUGAACGCUUGCAAUGGCUUGUAUCAGAACUCAGUAUUCGGUUUAGUAGCUGAUUUCCCGGCCAACUAUACAAACGCCCUCGUGGUUGGUACUAAUAUUUGUGGUACAUUCACCAGCCUUCUUUCAAUAAUAACCACCGUAGCAUUUCCAAGCAAUUACAAAACCGUGGCGCUGAUUUACUUCUCAAUUUCACUUGCGACUCUCGUCUUAUGUGGCGUAUCGUUGAUAUACGUCACACGACUCAAAUUCUACAAGUUCUACGUGAGGAAAGGAGAAUUGAGCCGUAUCGCCGAACAUUCUACUCGGCCCAGUUUACGACAGUUCUACGAGACUUUCAAAGGCGUGCGUAUUACUAUACUUCUGAACAGUUUUGCCGCAGUUUAUGAUGUGGGGAGCAGAGGUCCCCAAGGGACUGAGAAGAGCUUUCCAUGCUGGAUGCAAUUACUCAGUAUAUUUCUGGUAUUCUUCGUCACGCUCUCCGUGUUUCCCACCAUACUCGCAGGUACUACGCCUAAUCGAAAAGGGGAACCCUGGAACAGCGCCAUUUCAAAGGACCUGUAUCCUGGCCUCACAACAUUCCUCAACUUCAAUCUCUUCGCAGCAAUCGGCUCAUCAACCGCUAAUUUCAUACAAUUCGUGAGUUCUUGCCUUGCAGUUUAUCUACUUGGACGACUUGCAAGGCAGUGUACAUAG